CGUGACGCGGCCUCGGCGUUGGCGUUCGGAACGGGCCCCUGCGGCCCCUCCGCCCCGCGUGCGCCGCCCGGCGGUGGCCGUUUCGCUUUCAUUUCCGGGCAGCCGAGGGCGACGGCGAGAGCGGCGGCGCGGAGCAGCCCUGCAGCGCCCCCCUCCCUCCCGCCCCCCCCGCGGCCCCACCCCCUCGGGCUCGGAGUGAACCGAGAUUCCCCUUCCCCUCCCCCGCUCCGGCACACACACCCCUCCUCCUCCUCCUCUUCUUCCCCCCCAUUCUGCGCCGACAGAGAAAGGAAAGGGAGGAGGCGCCGGGCCUGGGUCUCCCGCACCGAGCCGCCGCGGCACAACAUGGAGGAGCUGGUGGUGGAGGUGCGGGGCUCCAACGGGGCCUUCUACAAGGCAUUCGUAAAGGAUGUGCAUGAAGAUUCUAUAACGGUUGCAUUUGAAAACAACUGGCAACCAGAGAGACAAAUACCAUUCCAUGAUGUGAGGUUUCCGCCACCUGCAGGCUAUAAUAAAGAUAUAAAUGAAAGCGAUGAAGUAGAGGUUUAUUCCAGGGCAAAUGAAAAAGAACCCUGCUGCUGGUGGUUGGCUAAAGUGAGAAUGAUAAAGGGUGAGUUCUACGUAAUAGAGUAUGCAGCCUGUGAUGCUACGUACAAUGAAAUUGUUACCAUUGAACGCUUGAGAUCUGUGAAUCCCAACAAACCUGCAACAAAAGAUACUUUUCAUAAAAUCAAACUGGCAGUUCCAGAAGAUUUAAGGCAAAUGUGUGCCAAAGAAUCUGCACAUAAGGACUUCAAAAAGGCAGUUGGAGCUUUUUCUGUAACAUAUGAUUCUGAAAACCACCAGCUUAUUAUACUGUCAAUCAAUGAUGUAACAACGAAGCGGGCAAACAUGCUGAUUGAUAUGCACUUUCGAAGUCUUCGUACCAAGUUAUCCCUGAUACUGAGAAAUGAAGAAGCUAGCAAACAGCUGGAGAGUUCUAGACAACUCGCAUCACGAUUUCAUGAACAGUUUGUUGUACGUGAAGACUUAAUGGGUUUGGCCAUUGGCACUCAUGGUGCUAACAUCCAGCAAGCCAGAAAGGUCCCUGGAGUGACUGCUAUUGAUCUGGAUGAAGAUACUUGCACAUUCCAUAUUUACGGAGAGGAUCAAGAUGCAGUGAAAAAGGCAAGAAGUUACCUUGAAUUUGCUGAAGAUGUCAUACAAGUCCCAAGAAAUUUAGUAGGAAAAGUAAUAGGGAAAAAUGGAAAACUGAUUCAGGAGAUUGUGGACAAAUCUGGUGUUGUAAGAGUGAGAAUUGAGGCUGAAAAUGACAAAAAUAUUCCACAGGAGGAGGGAAUGGUACCAUUUGUGUUUGUGGGAACCAAGGACAGCAUCACGAAUGCAACUGUUCUUCUGGAUUAUCAUCUUAAUUAUUUAAAGGAAGUGGACCAGCUGCGUUUGGAAAGAUUGCAGAUUGAUGAACAGCUUCGGCAGAUUGGAGCUACUUCUAGGCCCCCACCAAAUCGUACAGAUAAAGAAAAAGGGUACGUGACUGAUGAUGGCCCAGGACUUGGACGCGGAAGUCGACCUUACAGAAACAGAGGGCAUAGCAGACGUGGUCCUGGCUAUGCUUCAGGAACUAAUUCUGAAGCAUCAAAUGCUUCUGAAACAGAGUCUGAUCACAGAGAUGAACUUAGCGAUUGGUCAGCAGCCCCAGCAGAAGAGGAGCGAGACAACUACCUUCGUAGAGGAGAUGGGCGAAGGCGUGGAGGUGGUGGAAGAGGGCAAGGAGGGAGGGGUCGUGGAGGAUUCAAAGGAAAUGAUGAACAGUCGCGAACAGAUAACCGUCAGCGUAACUCAAGAGAUGCAAAAGGGAGAACAGCAGAUGGAUCUCUUGAGAUCAGAAUUGACUGCAAUAAUGAAAGGAGUGUCCACACUAAAACAUUACAGAAUACCUCCAAUGAAGGUAGUCGGCUGCGCACGGGUAAAGAACGUAAUCAGAAGAAAGAGAAAACGGACAGCGCAGAUGGUCAACAGCCGCUGGUGAAUGGAGUACCCUAAACUGCAUAAUUCUGAAGUCAUAUUUCCUAUACUGUUUCAGUAAUUCCUAUUCCAUGUUAGAGAAACUUGUUAGGCCAAAGACAAAUAGUAGGCAAGAUGGCGCAGGGCAUGAAAUGAACAUAUGUUCUCUGUUAGCCUUUUUUAACAUCGACAGUAUGCAGUUCUUUUCAGAAGAAGACGUUACUCAAACUUGCGUAAAAGUAUCUGAAUUUCUCCAAAUCGCUUUCAAGUACAUAUUGCAGUUCAAACAAUGAAAGAUUCUCUUUUGUUUUAAAAAUACUGAGCUGUGCAUUGGUAAACUUUCUGUUCAGUUGUACCAUUUUAACACAUCGGGUCAAAUUCACUGCUCAAUCUCAAUUUUCAGAAUAAAUAGUGUUUGCAGUAAGAAAAUUGGCUUCUGUUUUCAAUCUAACUUACAAGUUCUUCAUGAAAUGCUAUGUCGUUUUAUGUCCUGUGUCAGUUCACAUUCUGGUCCACCUUUUUCAAUAUUUUAGUGGACCCUGAAAUAUGUGUGAUGUAACAAUUGUCAUUUUCAUUAGCAAAAAAAGUUGUAUGAUCUGUGCCUUUUUUAUAUCUUGGCAGGUAGGAAUAUUAUAUUUGGAUGCAGAAAUCAGGGAAGAUGAGUUGGUAACACUAAAUGUAAAAUAUAUGUAGCAAUCCUUGUCAGACGUUAGUACUUUAUAGACAAGUGCAUGCUUUCCAUGAUUUUUUCCUUACAUAAACAUUGAGUUAGGCAGUUAUAAGAAUAGGAAAUUUAUUUUGCACUGAAGAUUUGGCAAAUAGUGUUAUUGAAAAACGGGGUGUAAUUUUUCCUUUGUAGGCAGUAAAAAAGCUUUUUUUUUUUAAAAAAAAAAAGAAUAUUAAAAAAAAACCACAAAAAAAAAAUCACACACUCAAAAAAAGCUGAAAAAAAAAUACCACACCACCUUUCCAUUGUGGAAAACUAAAAUACUCCAUUGUUACUGAGGGAACAAGUGUAACGUGUUCACAAGCUAGUAAUGUGUGCCUGCUCUUUGGCCAGAUGACCAGUUUAAACUGCUGAUGUUUUUCAUCCUCCCAAAAUUUUUUAACUCUUUUAAUUUGGGGCUAUCUCAACAGUGAUAGGAAGAAAAUCAUCAAGUGUAGUGCCCCGAAAUGUACAGAAACAGUAGUUGGAGAUACUGAAGGUUGAACAAAAAUGCAUCGUCUUUCUGAGGUACAAGGUCUGAGUUACCCAGCCAGCUUGAAGGUGUCACAGAAUUUGAUCCAAAGUACAAUUAUACAUCAGGAAAAUGAUGGGAAGAGCUGUCCCUUUUUUUUUUUUUCUUUAAUUCUUAAUCACAUGUUAUACUUCCUGGGCAAAACUGUAUAAGGACUUUGAUUUAAAUCCAUUUUUAUUCAGAUUACUUCAGAAGGAGAGCCACUGUUUAUGUACAGAAGUGUACAAACUUGACCUUGCCUCUGUAUUUUGUGAGUUUUAUUUCUUUGCUUUUUUCCAUUCUUUUUUUUUUUCCUUGCAUACAGGUGAGCAUACUAAAAAUGGCAACAAACUGCACAUGAUUUAACAAAUAUAAAAAUGUCUUAAAAAGUAUUGCCAAACAUUAAUGUUGAUUUCUAGUUAUUUAUUUUGGGAAUGUAUAGUAUUUGAAAACAGAAAUUGGUACCUUGCACACAUCAUCUGUAAGCUGUUUGGUUUAAAAUACUGUAGAUAAUUAACCAAGGUAGACUGACCUUGUAAUGUAACUGCUCUUGGGCAAUAUUCUCUGUACAUACUAGCUACAACAGAUUGGAUUUUAUGUUGACAUUUGUUUGGUUAUAGUGCAAUAUAUUUUGUAUGCAAGCAGUUUCAAUAAAGUUUGAUCUUCCUCUGCUAA